CUGCCUCGCGGGCGGACUUCUCCAGCCCUGGCAAAAGCAAGGCGUAUCUCACGGAGUGCAGGAAGCAGAGACCGAUGCAAGGGGAGGGGAGGGUUUCAUGCGCUGUGCCGUGUCUUGCGGUGCUUUGGGCGGAUGGGGAACGGGCUGGCGAUGUUUGGCAUGGCAGUUGUGAGCGGCAAAUGGGCACCAGAGGGCGAUGUGGGAGGACGGGUCCAUAUCUUCAGUUCAGCGUUACCUGUGGGCCGGCCAUUUAAAUCUUCCAUAUCUCCUACUCCUUCAAUAAGAUCGCAGGUUAUGAAAUCAGCAGUUUUGCCAGGACCCCAACUUCUUAUCUUAUCCACUUGAAAUUCUUUCGCCAUGGCUACUGUCGAUUUGAGCCACGUUCAAUUCUGGCGGCCCCCUUUGAACCCAACACCCUCCAAACGUCGUGCUUCACCGCACACGCGCAAGAAUGGCAGAUCUGGCUCGGCAACCAGCUCGCGCGGCCAGCCAGCGUCACUGCACAACAGAGCUGACGAAAUACUCGGGCGCGACAAGCAGCCCAAGUCUGCCGUCGCACCGACUCAGCACCAGGGGCGUGACUCUGUAUUUCAGCAGGAAGGUGACGCAGUCGGAGCUCAAGGCCGCCAUAACGACCCCGCCAACGGCGAUGGCGAAGCAGACGACAGUCAGCCCUCCAUCGACGAGCUCCUGGCUUUUUCGAGCAAAGGGAUCUCGACAGUAUACCAGAACUCUGAGGAUAUCCCCCAGCGCCUCGAGGGGCCUACUCUGAACACAAGUGGGAGCCGUCUCGAUCCGAGCCCCAGACCAGAUAAUGGCAGAGGCCGGUGGUUCUCGAAGAUGACGAAUCAUAUACUCCCGAACUCACGCCUGCCGAAGCCGUUUCCGUCUCGGUCGACGCCGGCGCUGAUCCCGCCUCCGGGCUGAGCAAAGGGCCCUGGUGGGAUGUCGAAGACGGGUGCUAUGUCGACGACGACUUCCACCCAAUUCCUCUGCUCGAGCAGGAAGGUUUGGCCUCGACGCCCGCGCUCGCCCAGCCUCACUCUCAUCACGAUCCCCCUGGGUCCU